AUGAAAACGAUCUAUCUUAUAACAUUCAUACUUACUGUAUUUACCAAUAUUGAUUAUUCAAAUUGGAUUCCACGUAAAGAAAACAACGAAAAUACCAAUAUAUGCGAUAGGCUUGAUGAAUACGUUAAUUCACCUUAUUACAACGAAGAAUUUCUUAAUUAUUCGGACGUAAAAGCUUGUUAUGAAUUAACACCGUACAAUGAAACAAAGGCAAUUCAG